AUCUGAGUUUGUCGGAGACAGAGAUUUAAAAAAAAGCCGACGACCGGAGAUGGCGGCAAGAAGAGCGAUGAUGCAGUGGUUUGCGCUCACAGUAGCAAUAGUGCUCUCCCUUCUGAUUCAGCCUUCUUCCUCCAUUUACUGUGAUGAAGAUGACUGUUACGAUCUCCUUGGGGUGACUCAGAAUGCCAAUGCUUCUGAAAUCAAGAAAGCUUAUUACAAGCUCUCUCUGAAACAUCAUCCAGAUAAAAACCCCGAUCCAGAAUCAAAGAAGUUUUUUGUCAAAAUUGCAAAUGCUUAUGAGAUUUUGAAAGACGAUGCCACGAGGGAACAGUAUGAUUAUGCACUUGCCCAUCCAGAGGAGUUUUUCUACAAUACGGCACGGUAUUACCAUGCUUACUAUGGUCACAAAACUGAUCCCCGUGCUGUCCUCAUUGGUCUUCUUCUGAUACUCUCAUCAUUUCAGUAUCUGAAUCAGUGGACAAGAUAUAAUCAAGCUAUUGAGAUGGUCAAGAAAACACCAGCUUAUAAAAACAAGCUACGUGGUUUGGAGCUUCAACGCACUGGAGGAGUUGCUAAUAGGAAGAAGAGCAACAAGCAGAUGGACAAGAAGGUGGAGGAAGAACUUAGCAAGGAACUCAACUUGGACAUAAAGGGAGCUGAAAAGCCUUCUGUUUGGGAAUUAAUUGGAAUCCGUUUUAUACUUCUUCCUUACACUCUGGGAAAGCUGUUGCUAUGGUAUGGAUCUUGGUUCUGGAGGUACAAUGUCAAGCGUGCUCCAUACUCGUGGGAAGAUGCCUCCUAUUUGACACGAAGGUCUCUUAGGAUUUCUAUUGACUCAUGGAUAUCUAUUGACGAAUCAACCAAGGAAGAUCUUAUUCAAAGACGACUUUGGGAGAAGUCCAACUUCGAAAGCUAUGUGGCAGAGAUGCGCAAGGAAUCAAAACGCCGAAGAUAAAA